UUUCCAAACACAAUUUACAUUGCUGGAAUGGUAGCUUGUGUAUUUUGGUAUAACGAAACCCUUUCCGCUAUUUUAUUAGCUCUAAAUCGUUGUGUAGAAAUUUCAAUGCCGUCAAUUGGCGAGCGUCUCUUUCGUGGUUAUAAAACAUGGCUUUGGAUGCUUUUACCUUUAUUUUAUGGAAUUUUAUUUGGGCCAACAUUUAAACCUGUAUUGUUUAGUGGAGUACUCUUUUCUUGGUUUUAUAAUCCGCAUGUUGGAUAUAUUGAUGAUUUUGGAACUAUUGUUUUUUUAAAUAAUUUGAAUUUUUAA